CGGUGCUCCAUCCAUUUCUUACAGCAGCCCCUUACGUCAUCCCUUCCUCUCCUGCACUCGCCAUUCUCGUACUCCUCCUAGCUUCUUUCUAACCCGCGUUUGCAUGCCACUUCGACAGAAUGGGCCUGAUAAUCUGAUUUCCAACCGACCUGCUGAGGCACAGGCACGUCACUCUACUGCACAGGCACGUCAGUCUACUGCACAGGCACGUCAGUCUACUGCACAGUCACGUCAGUCUACUGCACAGGCGCCAAUAUUGAUAAACCUCGUUCGAAUCCAGGAAGCCCUACGAGCCACACUGCCGUCGCGCUGCUAGUCCGGCCUUGGCCCAGCGCGCACGAUACCGCUCCCGUCACAGCUUACCCUAACCGACUUCGCCUCAGCCUAAUCUGUCUAGACCCUCUGAUGCCAUUGGCCCUCUGCUGCCAGUCAAAGCAGUCUAAGCACGCUCAUUGAUCAUCACGACCAAUAUUCCUCCCGCGUUAAAGCCCAAGCACGCUCGCGAGCGUCGGUCCCUCCCGUCCUCACCCGCCCGCCAUGCAGCGACAUAGACGAGAAGCAGCUGGUGGUGUAUAUCUGGAGUGAUGUGCACAAUAUCGGGGGACGCAGUAUCGAGAAUAUCGAGAGUCGACCACUGUUCAUGAGCGGCUCUGGUCUCGCCGCGGAGCAUCGUCAAGCAGAGCCGCCGCAGCGGUAGGGAGCAGCAACACAAGCAGCAGCAGCAACCGCAGCAACACCACAGGGCGAGCUUCUAGAGCGGUGUUGCAGAUCGCGGAACCAAACCUUUAGCAUUACCUUUACUUCCGUAAGCCGCAAUGUCGCACUUUCCCAAUCACAAUGACGACGAUCUCAGCGGCCCGCCGAUUCCCAGCUACAAGGUUAGUAGCUUCUCGGACCCCAGUAUGGAGGGGCCGCCGAUCCACGUGGCGGACGAGGAGAGGCAGACGGUGCUGACGUGUCGGCAGGGCGAGUUGAUACGCGAGUCGUACGCUGAGCUGGAGCCUGAUCUGGACAACCACGCCAUCAUCAUGUACCUCACCAUCUUCGACAUGGUGCCCGACGCCAAGCGCCUCUUCUCCAUGGUGCGCGAUUCCAACGAGCCCGCGCCUGUCAACAUCAAGCUCAACGCGCAUGCCACCAUGUCCUUCCGCAUGAUGUGCGAGGCGUUCUGCAAGUGGGACGACCCGGCAGAGGUGGAGAGGUCAGCCCCCUUCUUCAAGGCGCUGGGCGGCCGGCACCUCAACUACGGCAUCGAUGGCAACGACUUCCCGGUGUUCCGAACGGGGUUCAUGAAGGCGUUAAAGAAGGCGUUUGGGGAGCGGUGGUACGGGGAGCUGGAGGGCGCGUGGUGUGCCGCCUUUGACAUGUUGGAAGGGGUGGCAACCACUGGCAUGGCGGAGGGAGGGGGGUUCAAGCGUGUGCCGGCUUUCAUGCUGUCGUGACGCGUGGCAGGCGGCAUAGUGACACGUGGCAGGCGGCGUAGUGACACGUGGCAAGUGACGUAGUGACAUGUGGCAAGUGGCACGUGGCGAUUGCUACCUUGAUCGUAGAUCGCACUCUCACCAAGGUCCAAGACACCUUGCAGCCUCUGGCAUGGCGGAGGGGGGGGGCAUUCAAGCGAGUGCCGGCUUUCAUGCUGUUACGCAGUAACUGCUAUCAUUUUUAUCACCAGCAAUUCCGUACUUCGAAGUCCACCAAGCAAUCCUGCUGUGUGGCCGAAGGACCUGAGGCACGGGAAGAGCAACGGCUGCAGCUGGCCGCAGCCAACAGACAGCAGGCUUCGAAUCUAAUCCCCGUGCGCACUGCGGAGCCACAUUGCCACGGCAUCAGCUCACUGCGGAGCCACAUUGCCACGGCAUCAGCUCUCUGCGGAGCCACAUUGCCACGGCAUCAGCUCUCUGCGGAGCCACAUUGCCACGGCAUCAGCUCACUGCGGAGCCACAUUGCCACGGCAUCAGCUUGUUUCUGCCGGCCACCGUGCCUCGUGGACUGACCAUUGACCAAGCAGGCCUUGCGAAUAAUGCUGGCUGUAGAGGGAGGCUCCAGGAAGCCUGGCUGGAUGUUGCACCAGCCCUCGAUUGCACAUUGCAGCACUGACUGCGCUCCUGCUGUCUUACAAUACAUGCACCCUACAACGAGGAACGGGGAAAUGUACAA